CCUUUUUUUCUUUUCUUUCUCUUUUCUCAAAAUGCGUACCUCAUCUCUUCUCUUGGCUCUCGCGCUGCUCUGCGCUGUGCUGCUCGUCCCGUCCGCAGUCUCUGGCCAAGCUGCCGAAUCUGCCGCAGCUGAAAUCACUGCUCCCAUCGUCGAUGCCACCACCACCACCACCACCACCACCGCCGAGACCAUUGCCACCGUCAACAAGGACGAACUCAAGCGCCUGGCCGUCCAAGCCAAGCUGGACGCGUUGAACGUCGAGCUGUCCACUCUGGCCGCUGCUCCUGCCGAUGCCGAUCCCGCCCGCCGCCUCAAGGCCGAGUCCAAGAUCGCCAAGAUCCAGGCCAAGAAGGCCAAGAUCGAGGCUCGCUCCAACGCUGAGGCUGCCGAGCAGCAGUUUGCCGCCCUCUGGCUUGCCGACCACCCCGAGGAGGCAUCCGCCCCCGUUGCCGACGCCGCCGCCGCCGCCGUCGAAGCCACCAUCACCUCCAAGCCCAGCCCGCUCGACAAGGCCCGCUCCAAGCUUGUUGCCCUCGGCAGCCUGCUUGCCAAGGAGGAGGCCCGCCUCGCCUUCUUUACCCGUCUCCAGUCCGAGGGCAAGCUUCCCGCCACCGCCCAGCCCGCCCAGCCUGCUCAGCCUGCUGCUGCCGCUGACGCUGACGCUGCGUCUGCCACUCCCGCUGCCCAGGCGGCUCCUGCCCUGUCCCCCGUGGCCAAGGCGGAGCUCCGCGUCACCCAGAUCCGCGCCCAGCUUGCCGCCAUCGAGUUGGUUGCCACCUGCACUGCUCCCUCCGGCGCCAGCGAUGCCGUGUCCGACCAACCCGCUGAUGCCGCUGCUGCCCCCGCUGCUGCUGCUGCCGCUGCUGCUGCUGCCGCUGCUGCUGCUGCCCCUGUUUGCACCGCCCGCACUCCCCAAGAACUCCAAGCACUCACCCGUCCCCUUCGCCUCAAGCUUGCCAAGGCCGAGGCCAAGCUGGCCUACCAGCAGAGCAUUGCGACCGACGCUGCCGCAUCGACCACUGCUGGUGAGGAGGAGGCUGCCACCGUCGAGCUCGACCUCGUUGAGCGCACUCGCCUGAACGUUGCCCACCUCAAGGCCAAGAUUGCCAAGCUCCAGUACGUCUACGACUACCUCGAAAAGCACCUGACUGAGGAAGAGAAGCAGCCUCAGCCCCUCUCGCCCGCCGAAAUCGCUGCUCGCGUCGCCAAGGCGCAAGCACGCGAGCAAAAGCGCAUCCUGAGCGAGCAGCAGGAGAUUCUCGACGCCCAGGCGACCAUCGAUGCUGCCGCUGCCAAGGCCGCCAAGCAGGCUGCCAAGGAAGCCAAGGCUCUCGCCAAAGCCCAGGCCCAGCAACAGGCUCAGGCGCAAGCUGAAGCCGAUGCUGCCGCUGCUGCGGCUGCAGGCACACCCGCAACAGGUUCCGACGAAGGCGUGGGCGCUGAUUCGGCCAAGGCCAAAAAGUCAAAGAAGGCAAAGCAGCUCGAUCUGUGACGCAAUUUCUUGCUUUUUUGUGCGCUAUAUAAAUAAACCCCCAUUUGGACUUUGAAACGUCAGUCUUCUUUUUUUCUGCCAG